CGAACAAAGGCUACGAGCUGCUGCAACAAAUAUGCGUCAUGUUUAGUCGUGCUGAGAGGACGACUAUUUGACUCCGGUCCCACCGCAAAACGUCCAGAAGCCAUGGGCAACGCGGAGAGCCGCCCACACCUGCAGCGGUUGGAAACAGAAGCUGUAUUUUACAUAAAUGGAGUGAGACAUUCCGUUGAUUCAAAGGUACCUGUUGACACAUCUCUUAAUACUUAUAUUCGAGAGCAUGCAAAUUUGAGAGGAACAAAAGUUAUGUGUCGUGAAGGAGGAUGUGGUGCAUGUGUAGUAAAUGCAGCAUAUGUUCACCCAUUCACAAAAAAGAAGACUUCUUUAGCUGUCAAUUCAUGUCUGGUACCAGUGUUUUCAUGCCAUGGCUGGGAAAUUACAACAAUAGAAGGAAUUGGAAAUCGAAAAACAGGCUAUCAUCCUGUACAACAGCGACUUGCAGCUUUUAAUGGGACACAGUGUGGUUACUGCUCCCCCGGUAUGGUCAUGAAUAUGUACAGUUUGUUACAGACUGGAAAAGAUAUGACAAUGAAAGAAAUUGAAAAUUCUUUUGGAGGAAACAUAUGUAGAUGCACUGGAUAUCGUCCAAUACUAGAUGCCUUCAAAUCAUUGUCCAUUGAUGCUACAGAUGAACUCAAAAAGAAGUGCCAAGACAUUGAGGAUUGGGAAAAGAAGCUCUGUGUAAGAAGUGGAGGUACAUGUACACAGAACUGUGGUCAGAAUGGAGAAUGUUCGAUAGAAACAUUAGCAAUAAUUUCACCAGUUCAUGUGAAAUUUGAAAAGACAGAUUGGUUUAAAGUGGAUACAAUUGCAGAUAUAUUAAAAAUUUUUGAAAAUUUGGGGGACAGGCCUUACAUGUUGGUUGCCGGUAACACAGCCCAUGGUGUGUAUCGCAGAAGAGAGGAUAUUGAAGUCUUUAUUGACAUUUCAAAUGUUGAAGAACUUAAGUCACAUUCAGUAACAACUAAUGUUACAGUUGGUGGUAAUGUGACUCUUAAUGAAGCUAUGGAUCUGUUUCAUGAUCUUGCAAACACUCAGAAAGGUUUUAAAUACCUGAAAAUGAUUGCUGAGCACAUAGACUUGGUAGCUAAUAUACCAGUAAGAAAUAUAGGGACCAUUGCUGGAAAUUUGUGUGUUAAACACCAGCACAAUGAAUUCCCAUCAGAUAUCUUUAUCAUUCUGGAGACUGUGGGUGCUAGUCUGUGUAUAAUUGAUAAAGCUGGUGUGGAGACUGUUUUGAACCCUCAUGAGUUUCUCAAGUUUGAUAUGACUCAUAAAAUAAUCAAAAGCAUUAGUUUGAUACCAUAUGAUGAUGACACGUAUAUUAGAACAUACAAGGUAAUGCCAAGAUCACAAAAUGCACAUGCUUAUGUAAAUGCUGGUUUUCAUAUGAAAGUAGAUCAGGCUACCGUUGGAAAACUGAAGGCUAAACCUGUAAUAAUAUUUGGAGGAAUUAGCCCCCAUUUUGUACAUGCUGAAAAUACAGAGGAAUAUCUGAAUGGUAAAAACUUAUAUGAUGCAUCAGUAUUACAAGAAGCACUACAGGUUCUUGACAGUGAGCUACAGCUUGAUCACAUUCUUCCAGACCCAUCACCUGAGUGUCGAAAACUUCUGGCACAAUCAUUAUUUUAUAAGUUUGUGUUGAGCAUAUCUCCUGAAAAUGUCCAGAGAACAAUGAGAAGUGGUGGUGAGAUGCUCAUGAGACCAGUUUCAGCUGGAAAGCAGGAUUUUGAUACAAAUAAAAUGAUCUGGCCUUUAAACGAGCCCAUUCCAAAGCUUGAAGGCCUCAUGCAAUGUUCUGGUGAAGCACGUUAUGUCAAUGACACAGCCAGUAUUCCAGGAGAACUGUUUGGUGCCUUUGUGGUUACAAGUGUUGGAAGUGGGUGGAUCAAAAGCACAGAUGCAUCUGCUGCAUUGGCACUUGAAGGAGUUGUAGCAUAUUAUGAUUCGAAGGACAUACCAGGGAAAAACUCAUUCUCCUUACCGUUAAGUGGCCUUGUUACAAUUGAUGAAGAGGUAUUCUGUUCAGGAGAAAUAAAGUUCAAUGGCCAACCAGUUGGUAUUAUUGUUGCUGAAUCACAUGAAUUGGCCAACAGAGCAGCCAAAAUUGUUGAAAUUUUGUAUGAAAGAGUAAAAAAACCUGUUGUAACACUUCGAGAUGCCCUUAAGUCAGGAGAUAAAAAGAGAGUUGGUGAGGUCGCUACUUGGCCUGCAACAGACACAGAAGCAAAGUCAAAAACAAAACAUGUUGUGAAAGGUCAGUUUGAUAUUGGAAGUCAGUAUCAUUUCACAAUGGAAACACAAAGCUGUGUCUGCAUUCCUAUAGAGGAUGGAAUGGAUAUCUAUCCUUCAACACAGUGGAUGGACUUGACUCAGAUAGCUGUUGCCAGAGUACUUGAUGUUCCAGAAAACUGGAUAAAUAUACAAGUUCGAAGAAUUGGAGGGGCUUAUGGAAGUAAAAUCUCACGCAGUGUACAAAUUUCUGCUGCAUGUGCUGUUGCGGCUUAUCAUCAGAACAGACCAGUAAGAUUAAUUCUGAAUAUAGAGACAUGCAUGGAGUCACUGGGAAAAAGAUUUGAUGUUGCUCUAGAUUAUGAGGCUGGUGUUGAUGACUCUGGGGUUAUAACAUACAUGGAUGCAAAAAUAUAUCACAACAAAGGAUAUUGUAGUAAUGAAAAUGUUGUUACAUGGGCCAUGGGUCAUCUUCAGAAUGCCUAUGAUAAAAGUAGAUGGACAAUAAGCGGUUAUUGUGUGAAAACUGAUCUUCCAGCCAAUACUUACUGCAGAGCACCAGGUUCCUUAGAAGGAAAUGCAAUGGUAGAAACUAUAAUGGAACAUAUAGCAAAUGAUCUUAAAAUGGAUCCAUUGGAAAUCAGACUUGCAAACUUAACAAAAGAUGAUGAUACACUGGUUGGUAUUAUCAAUGAUCUGAAGUCGUCUGCACAAUAUGAUGAAAGGAAAAAGGCAGUGGAAACCUUCAACAAGGAAAAUCGAUGGCGGAAAAGGGGAAUGGCAAUGGUAAUUAUGAGAUAUCCUUUUAUCUAUCUGGGUAAUUAUCAUUCAGUUGUAUCUAUUUAUGCUGAUGAUGGUACAGUUGCUGUGAUUCAUGGAGGAGUUGAAUGUGGGCAGGGAAUCAACACAAAGGUGGCACAGGUAUGUGCUCAUACAUUAGGUAUUCCUCUCGAUUUUGUGAGUGUAAAGCCCUCUAACAACUGGACAGCUCCAAAUGGAUUGGUUACUGGAGGGAGCUUAGCAAGUGAAUGCUGUUCUUAUGCAACAAUGAGAAGUUGCAAUGAACUUCUUAGUCGUCUGGCUCCAGUGCGAGACAAAAUGGGGAAGCCCUCUUGGAAGGAACUUAUUGCUCAAGCAUUUCUGGAAGGUGUUGACCUUUCUGCCAGUUACAUGUACACCCCUAAAGAUCUGAAACCUUAUUUCAUAUAUGGAGCAACAGCAGCUGAAGUUGAAGUUGAUGUACUAACAGGUCAGCAACAGAUACUUCGAGUUGAUUUGACAGAGGAUGCAGGUGAAAGUUUGAGUCCUGAGAUUGACAUUGGUCAAGUAGAGGGAGCUUUUGUUAUGGGACUUGGUUACUGGUUAACAGAGAAAAUGGUGUAUGAUCCUGAGACAGGAAAAGCAUUGACAAACAGAACAUGGAAUUAUAAGCCACCUGGAGCAAAGGAUAUUCCUGUUGACUUUCGCAUUAAGCUUAGAAAAAAUGCACCCAAUCCAGCAGGAGUUCUUCGUUCUAAAGCAACUGGUGAGCCACCAAUAUGUAUGAGCAUAGCACUGCCUAUUGCUAUAAGGCAUGCUUUGAAUUCAGCACGACAAGAUGCUGAAAACACCACUGAAUGGUUCCAAAUGGAUAUGCCUGCUACACCAGAUGUGAUACUUAAGCACAGUUUAACCAACUAUAAACAGUUCAAAGUGUAAUAUUUUUGAAUAGGACUACUGAGUGUCAUCUAUGAAAUGCACACAGUUAUCAAAGCUUUUAUAAUGAAGGUUAAAAUGUAAUCAUCCAUAGAACAUUUGUGGAAUAUGAAAAGAAUUUAAAGUAAUCUUGUAUGUUAUGUUGCUGGUAUAUUAUCUCUGAUCAGCUGUUAGUAAACUGUGGUAUAUACAUUCUUAGUUUAAGUUGCAAUAUGUUAUGUUGUUGGGUAUAUCAUUGAAGCACAGUUGUGGUUUUUCUGGUUAAAGCAUGUAAGGAUCCAUAUCCUAAUAAAUAAAUAAACCAGUUUGGCAUAUUUAAAUA